AAUCAAAGAGUAGUACACAUUCUCAAGGAAGAAUAUAAAUAAGAGAUAUCUAACAUUUAUGCCACAUUUGAAACUCAACCUUUUCCAAUGUACCACAUUGAUUCAUGACAAAAUGACCAUUGUACCCUCCAUUUGUUUGACGUUGCAAAAGUGUACAUUUGUUUUUUAUUAAUUAAAGAGGGAGCACUUCAACUUUCUCUCGCGUCUUUUCAGUUUCGAACACGCCAUUGCCCAUCAGUCCAAUUUCGAGUUAAAGCUAUAAGACAGAAGAAGAAUUGUUCGAUAUAGUUCACUUUAACUCUCUCUCUUCGCUUCCGUUCCGAUUUGAACUUUUCUUCUUCUCAAUUUUCUUUUGCUCUUUCUCUUCGACUUUCGUGGCCUCUUUAUCCGAAGAUCUCCUCAUGCAAAUCUGAAACUCGACCAUGGAUGAAAGCAACGAAUCAAUCUCGGCUAACCAGAAUGUGGCGUCGCUCGAUUUCGUGGUCCCAAAUCACCUGUUUAACCGAGAUGAUUUGGGAACCAACUCAGUCGCGGUGGAGAGAGACAACCAAACGUUUGGACCUACUCCCAACUUCAUCCUCAUACCAGAAAGUCAAGAUGAGGAUAUUCUGUGUCCUGUCAAUGAUAUGGGAAAAAACUCUCUUGCGGUGGAUAAAGAGGACAAUAUUAUUGACGACUGCAUAAGCAAUUUUGGUGUUACCGUUGAUAGCUCUCCCCCAACUGGUGUUUGUGAAGUUCAACCAGCAGAUGCAUCUCUAAACACCGAUAACACUGUCACCAACAACACAAUUGAAAAACAAUAGCCAAAUAUCCCAUUUUCACAGUGUGGACCACUUCCGCGUCGUCUCUUUGCAACAAAUCGGUAUGCUGUUAAAGGCCGUAUAAAUUCGUAUUCUACACCUGAGUAUCUUCUCGACAUUAUAGAAGCGCUAGAUGGAUCCAGUCAGUUGAAAUGGAUGAAACAUUCUUGUUUUGGUCGUCUUUUCAAACUUCUUGUUCGCAAGAGUUCCUUACCCGGCAAGCUUGUCCACCAAUUCCUUUGUCGCUGCCUUAUCACUCGGAAAAAAACAUGAGAUGUGGUUUGUUUAUGGGGAACAUCCAAUCCGUUUUUCUCUGCGGGAGUUUGGUAUCUUAACAGGGCUUAUUUGUGGUCCACUACCUUCAGAUGAAGAAGAAUCAUCUGCCAUUGACGUUGGUCCUAUAUCUGAUUCUGAUUUCUUCCACACUCUUAUUGGCCCGAACAAUAGUUACACUAUCCGGGAAAUUGUAGACAUUUUGAAGGAGGACAAGAAGUUGCCAAUUGCUCGCCGUAUGAAUGGAGAUAGGAGGCUACGAUUGUGUCUUGUUGUGAUUGUGGAUGAGAUUUUUAUAUGCAAUUCAUUUGUUGUCAGAGCUUCUAGUAAAGUGGUUAAAUUGGUAGAAAAUUUGGAUGCUUUUGUCAAAUAUCCAUGGGGGAGGCUUUCUUUCCUAAGGACUUUAGAGAGGGUUACACUCGGUUACGUUGUUCCUACUGCACGUGCGCUUGCCGACCAACUUUCACAAUCUCACACAGCUACUCAUGGUUUCACUUUGUCAUUUCAACUACUUUUUUUUCAUGCAAUUCCACUCCUGGCAAGAAUCCUACCUGAUGCAGACGACGAGUUAACAUUUGACGAUCGUUCAAUGCGUCAUCUAACCCAGCUCAAUCUAUUUCAUAAUUCUAACAUUCUCGAAGCAGAGAAUAAUCCUAAUCUUUGUGUAGAGAAUAUUUUACACAGCGAAGACCCACAAGACUACCAAGAUUACAACUGGUAUGGCACAGAGGUGGAUAAUACCCGCAUUGAUUUAAUAAUGAGAAAGCUGGACGAUGGGCACAUCUUCAAAAAAAAAAGACUGGCAUGGAGGGAUUCGACAUUUGCUAUUGAUUACAUGCGAUGUGCCAAGAAAGAAAAUAACCACACCAGCUACCAAACAAAAGAGAUCCAGAGCUGCAGCCGUGAACAAAACACACCAGCCUAAUCCUCAAGUCAAUCCACCAGAUGGAUAUUUUUUGAAAACUGACAUAAAAUCCCCUCCUUAUUUAAAAAAUACUAGAUUUUAACUCGCGGUACACCGCGGGAAGAUACAUUUAAAC